CCCGAGCCGCAGAGCCACCCCGGGGCCGCCCUCUGCUGCCAGCCGCUGCCGUACCCCGCGGAGCCGGCGGCGCCGACAGCCCGCGCGCCCGCCCGAGUGCCAGCAGAGCGGCGGGACCCCGCGAGCCGGAGCCGGGCCGGCACCGGAGGCGGCCGCAGAGCCGGGAGCACGCGCAGCCAGACCCCAGCCGGAGGCGGACGGCGAGCCGGCCAUGUCGGUGGUGGGCUUGGACGUGGGCUCGCAGAGCUGCUACAUCGCGGUGGCGCGGGCCGGGGGCAUUGAGACCAUCGCCAACGAGUUCAGCGACCGCUGCACCCCAUCAGUAAUCUCAUUUGGAUCAAAAAACCGAACAAUUGGAGUGGCAGCCAAAAACCAGCAAGUCACUCAUGCAAACAAUACGGUGUCUAACUUUAAGAGAUUUCAUGGCCGAACAUUCAGUGACCCUUUCAUUCAAAAGGAAAAGGAAAACUUAAGUUAUGAUUUGGUUCCAAUGAAAAACGGAGGAGUUGGAAUAAAGGUGAUGUACUUGGAUGAAGAACAUCUUUUUAGUGUGGAGCAGAUAACUGCCAUGUUGUUGACUAAGUUAAAGGAAACUGCUGAGAACAAUCUCAAGAAGCCAGUAACAGAUUGUGUCAUUUCUGUCCCCUCCUUCUUCACAGAUGCUGAGAGGCGAUCUGUAUUAGAUGCUGCUCAGAUUGUUGGCCUAAAUUGUCUCAGACUUAUGAAUGACAUGACAGCUGUUGCAUUGAAUUAUGGGAUUUAUAAGCAGGAUCUUCCAAGUCCAAAUGAGAAGCCUCGGGUAGUGGUCUUCGUGGAUAUGGGACACUCAGCUUUUCAAGUGUCUGCAUGUGCUUUUAACAAGGGAAAACUGAAGGUUCUGGGAACAGCUUUUGAUCCAUUUUUAGGAGGAAAGAACUUCGACGAAAAGCUAGUGGAACAUUUUUGUGCAGAGUUUAAAACCAAGUACAAGUUGGAUGCAAAAUCUAAAAUCCGAGCACUCCUUCGUCUGUAUCAGGAGUGUGAAAAGUUGAAAAAGCUAAUGAGUUCUAAUAGCACGGACCUGCCACUGAACAUAGAAUGUUUUAUGAAUGAUAAGGAUGUUUCUGGAAAGAUGAACAGGUCACAAUUUGAAGAACUCUGUGCUGAACUCCUGCAAAAAAUAGAAGCACCCCUUUAUUCAUUGAUGGAACAAACUCAGCUCCAAGUUGAAGAUGUGAGUGCUGUUGAAAUAGUUGGAGGUGCAACCCGAAUUCCAGCUGUGAAAGAAAAAAUUGCCAAGUUCUUUGGAAAAGAUGUUAGCACCACACUCAAUGCUGAUGAAGCAGUAGCGAGAGGAUGUGCACUUCAGUGUGCAAUUCUUUCUCCGGCAUUCAAAGUUAGAGAAUUUUCUGUCACGGAUGCAGUUCCUUUUCCAAUAUCUCUGGUCUGGAACCAUGAUUCAGAAGACACAGAAGGUUGUCAUGAAGUAUUCAGUCGAAACCAUGCUGCUCCUUUCUCCAAAGUUCUCACCUUCUUUAGAAGGGGGCCAUUUGAGCUUGAAGCUUUCUAUUCUGAUCCUCAAGGAGUUCCAUAUCCAGAAGCAAAAAUAGGCCGCUUCAUAGUGCAGAAUGUUUCUGCACAAAAAGAUGGAGAAAAGUCUAAAGUCAAAGUCAAAGUGCGAGUCAACACCCAUGGCAUUUUCACCAUCUCCACAGCAUCCAUGGUGGAGAAAGUCCCAGCGGAGGACAGUGAAGUGUCUUCUGUUGAUGCAGAUAUGGAGGGUUCAAAUCAGAGGCCACCAGAAAACCCAGACACUGAUAAAAAUAUCCAGCAAGACAACAGUGAAGCUGGAACUCAGCCCCAGGUACAAACUGAUGGUCAACAAACCUCACAGUCUCCCCCUUCAUCUGAACUUCCCUCAGAAGAAAACAAAAUCCCAGAUGCUGACAAAGCAAAUGAAAAGAAAGUUGACCAGCCUCCAGAAGCUAAAAAACCCAAAAUAAAGGUGGUGAAUGUUGAGUUACCCAUUGAAGCCAACUUGGUCUGGCAGUUAGGGAAAGACCUGCUUAACAUGUACAUUGAGACAGAGGGGAAGAUGAUAAUGCAGGAUAAAUUGGAAAAAGAGAGAAAUGAUGCUAAAAACGCAGUGGAGGAAUAUGUGUAUGAGUUCAGGGACAAGCUGUGUGGACCAUAUGAAAAAUUUAUAUGUGAGCAGGAACACCAGAACUUCUUGAAGCUCCUCACAGAGACUGAAGACUGGCUCUAUGAAGAAGGAGAGGACCAGGCUAAACAGGCAUAUGUUGACAAAUUGGAAGAGUUAAUGAAAAUUGGCACUCCUGUUAAAGUCCGAUUUCAAGAAGCUGAGGAACGGCCCAAAAUGUUGGAAGAACUGGGACAGAGGCUGCAGCACUAUGCCAAGAUAGCAGCUGACUUCAGAAGCAAGGAUGAGAAAUACAACCAUAUUGAUGAAUCUGAAAUGAAAAAGGUUGAAAAGUCUGUCAAUGAAGUGAUGGAGUGGAUGAAUAAUGUCAUGAAUGCUCAGGCUAAAAAGAGUCUUGAUCAGGAUCCAGUUGUACGUAUUCAUGAAAUAAAAGCAAAAAUCAAGGAAUUGAACAAUACUUGUGAACCUGUUGUCACACAACCCAAACCAAAAAUCGAAUCACCUAAAUUGGAAAGAACUCCAAAUGGCCCAAAUGUGGACAAAAAGGAUGACGAUUUAGAAGGCAAAAAUAAUUUUGGUGCUGAACCUCCACACCAGAAUGGCGAAUGUUACCCCAAUGAGAAGAGCUCUGUUAAUAUGGACUUGGACUAGAAGACAUUAAGUUGGCUUACUCCUUCAAUCAAUGAAAUAUUUUUGCCAUAGUAUGUGAUUCUACAUAACAGACUGAGACUAUUUAUAUUUUCUUUUUUAAGGAUGUCUAGAAAUUUUGUGUACUAUAUGGAAACUGAACAAAGCUUAAGUCUGUAGUCUUUGUGAUAAAAAGGGAAGAUUGCCUUGGUAACUUUCAGAUUCCUGUGGAAUUGUGAAUCCAUACUGAGCUUCUGUGCAGUAUCACCAUUUGCAUCACUGAGGAUGAAUUAAUUCACUUUUGUUUUUGGAAACAAACUAUACUGCUUGUUCAAGAAGGUUAUGGUUAAAAUCCUUUAAACAUUUGUUCUUGCCAAGGUAGUUUUCUUGCAUUUUGCUCUCCAUUUCAGCAUGUAUGUGGGUGAGGAUGUUUAUCAACAAUGCUAAGUCUGGUUUCAAAAGGGCUUUCAAAAAUUAAUUCUGUCCAAUAGAAUGAUUUUGCUUUCAUAUUAAAAUUUCAGUGAGUGAAACAGCUAGUGAAAUUGUUAGCAUGCAGACAAAACUAAAAUUAUCUCAUUAUACCAUAUGCACAUUUGUCAUGUAAAGAUGUGACAUGGAAUAAACGGUGAUCCUGUUGUAACUGAUUGUGUGAACUUCAUGAGCUUUAAAAUAAAGUUCAUCCUAUGGUGUCAUUUCUAAA